AUGUUCCCGUCUUCGUCCCCAGCAGACUUCCCUCUCGACGCGCCGAUGCCGCCCCAGCCCGCGGCGACCCCCUUCACUAAGCCCCUCAACCUGGCAGACGUUGCGGCGGCCGCACUCGCGCGACCAAGGACGCUGGAGCCGUGGGCAGAGCGCGACGACAUGGGCGAGUGCCCGCCGUCUCCGUCGUCGUGUGGGUCUGCGUCGCCUUACCCGUCGCUGCCGAGCUCGCCCUUCAGCGAUGCGACGUCCUGCGCGAUGACCCCGUCGUCCUCGGCGGGCUCGUUCUGCCUCCCUCCGCCCAUCACGCCGCCGCCCGUCGCGUCUUCCUCGUCUCGCCUGCCUUCUUCGGCUUCUGCGCCUUCUAUCUCGUCCCUGUUGCCGCCUCCAACUCCCCCAAAAGCCGCGAGUAUUCCUCGAACCGUUUCCGCCCCGGCUCUCGCGCCCGUCUCGAACGACCCUUGGCACGGCACCGACUUCUCGCUCAAGCUGCUCUUCACGACCAACAACCAGCCCAUCUCGACGUCGCACAGGUCGCCGACCGCGCCCGAAGAACCUGAGCAGACCCUCCCACCCGCCUUCUUCCCCUCGCAGCGCAUCUCGUUCUCUCCUCGUCUCCGCAUCACCUCGCAAAACGGCCUCGCGUUCUCGUCUCUCGGCGGGAUGCACCUCGGCGUUACGGGCAUGUGCGAGACGCUCGAUGAGGAGGGCAACGUCAAGUCGAAGCGGAUGAUUGCCGACUUCUGCAUCGACCUCUCGAGCGGCUUGCGCAUCUGGAAGCGCGAUGCCGAGUCGGUCAAGAAGACGGCGUCGAAGAAGAUGGGACGCGUUGACCUCGAGGAGGACGGCGAGACGCGGCUGCCGCCCGGGACCUACGUCCUCCCGCUCAGCAUGAAGGUGCCCAAUUCGGACAGGCUUCCGCCGUCCUUCGAGUGCGCCCAGUUCCGCAUCUCGUACACCAUGUCGAUUGCGCUCUUCUCCUCGGCGAAGAACUCAAACGGCACGCCCCGGCGGCUCAAGGUGUUCUCCGUUCCCUUCCAUGUCCUGCCUUCGACCUUGCCCGCUCCAGCACCCGAGCUCCCCGUCCUCACGCACGACCACAAGAAGGGCGUCUUCGAGUCGCUCAUGCGCUCGCUCACCCUCUCGCCUCGACCAACCGAGACCGGCUACCACAUCGUGUACCCUUCGCUUCCGACCUCGCACUUCUCGCCUGGCGCGCACGCAUCCAUUCCUGUAUCACUUCGCAUCGUCGAUCGGCCACUCGAGCCGACCGACUUGUACAUCCGCCUCGCCCUCGUUCGCAAGACCUACGUUCGCGAGUCGUCGCAAGGCUCGCUCGCCAACGCCAUCGAGGACGAGUGGGGACUUGGACCUGGCGUCUCGCUCGCCGCGCUCGGAUACCCCGAGGAGGUCAUCGUCGACCCUUGGUGCAAGGAGGAGGAGGAGAUUGUCUCCCGCUGGGGCUGGGUCCCGUACUCGUCUCGUCCUGGCGCCGACCCAACUGAGAAGGCGGAGGUCGUCAUCAAGGACAUCUCCCUCCCGCUCUGCGGCGCAGACGGUCGCGGCUGGACGCACGGCUACUCCACCGCCCUCGACCUCGAGCCGACUUCUCUUCCUCCGACGACGCACGGCGAGUGCAGCUGGUUCUCGCCUGCGUUCCGCACACGCCCGCCCGUCGCCAAGGAGUAUGGCCGCCACGUACACGUCUCGACUCGCUUCUUCCUCUCCAUCGAAGUCGGCUUUGCCUCGCCCUGCCUCCGCGAAACUUUCGCCGCCCUCCGCCAAGAGUCGCCCGACAUGGAGCUUCCGCGACCCAACAGCUUCACCUCUCCCGCCUCGCCCCGCACGAGCGUCUACUCCGGCCAGUCGACGUCGAACCCUUUCUACGUCCCUUCGAACCGCUCUCCUCGCCGCAUGCCAGCAGGCCAGGACUCGACUCCCGCUGGCGCCUUUCCCUUCCCCGGCAAGUUGCGCGAGCUCUUCAUCCCCGUCACGAUCGGCUCGGUCGCGGAACCGGGACUCGCAUGCUUGAGCGGGAUGACGGAGGCGGAGACGGCUUCGCGGAGGGCUGAGAGGGAGGCGAGGGAGGAGCGCGGCGAGGACACGCGUAGGGACCACGGCGAAGGGCCUGACGGCGCAUGGCUCUGCGCUCCUCCGACGUACGAGGACGCCCUCAAGUCGCCUCCCUGCCUCUGA